UGAUCAAAAGAAAACUGAAAAGACGGCAAUCCAUCGUUUAAAAAGGAGUGCCUGGGCUGUGUCUGUGCGGAUCUACCAUCUCCUACAACAGAUCCAUGGAUCCACCCUGUCAGACAGAAGUGAGGUGAUCGGUUUGUCCCAGACAUUCGUUAAGGACUACAGCCACCAUGAACAAAGUGGAUUAUCUUGAUCAGGACGUGACUGAAAGUCUGUUUGUAGAGAAGGAAGCGGAGAUGGAGGCUUUCGGUGUCCAUGAGCGGGACGGUGUUGUUUUUAACCAAACAGAUGAUGUUCAGCAGCUGUUUGUGGCUAAAGAGGAGGUUCCUCUUGAACGGCGCUCCAGUCUGGCCCAGCUGGACUCAGAACCCCUCUACAUAAAGGAGGAAGAGGAGGAGCUGUGGAGCAGUCAGGAUGAAGCAGAGACUCCGAUCAAGUUCCCUUUAACUGUUAUUGUGAAGAAUGAAGAUGAUGAAGAGGAAGACCGGUACUUACAUUUUCAGAGCCAAAUGGAAGGCAGUCGAGAGGCGGAACCAAGCAGCAGCUUGAUUCAGUCAUUCAAAACAGAAACUGAUGAAGAGGACUGUGGAGGACCAGAACCAGACUGGAACCAUGAUCCAACUUGUUACUUUCAGUUAAAUGCUGAUGAAAAGGAUUCUCCUGAGACUGAAGUCAGUGAUGAAGAUGAAUUUGGACAGGAACCUUUGUCAGAUUUUGGAAGUGAAGUUGAAAGAGACGAAUGUUUUCCGGGAAUGGAAGCGCUCAGGUCAGAUGUAAACUGCAAUGGAGGCCAUGACGUCGCCAAGGCGACCUUCAGCUGCUUAGAGUGUGACAAGCAAUAUUCCUACAAACAGUCUCUUCAUCGACACAUGAAGUGUCACUCUACGAGUUUGGAUGAAACAAAAAGUGGGCUGGAAGAUGAAGAGUUGCACACGAAGGGCAAGAAGAAAAAUAAAACCUUCAUUUGUGACAUCUGUGGUCAAAAGUUCAACCAAAGGACAAACCUUAGUACACACAGGAGAGUCCAUACUGGGGAGAGGCCUUACAAAUGUGAUGUGUGUGGGAAAAGAUUCACCCAGAGGGGAAACUUACGAAACCACAGAAGAAUUCACACGGGAGAGAAACCGUUCAUAUGUGACUUCUGUGGCGAGAGAUUCAGAAAUCAGGGCAUCCUGCAGGCCCACAUGAAGGUCCACACAGGAGAAAAACCAUUUGCUUGUGAUGUUUGUGGUAGGAAAUUUAGCCGGAAGGUCCAUUUUAAUACCCACAUGAGAGUCCACACAGGAGAGAGGCCGUUUGGUUGUGGCAUUUGUGGCAAAGAAUUCAGCCACAAGACCCAUUUUCAAGAGCACAUAAGAGUUCACACUGGAGAAAAACCUUUUUCCUGUGGCGCCUGUGGGAAAAGAUUCAGACUUCAGUGUAACCUAAAGAGACACAUCAGGGUUCACACAGGAGAGAAGCCCUUUGCCUGCAGUCAAUGUAGUAAAACCUUUAGUUGCAACGCUCAUCGAAAAAGACACAUGAAGACUCACACAGGAGAGAAACCCUUCGCUUGUGAUGUUUGUGCUGAAAGAUUUACUGGACCGGGACUCCUGAGGACCCACAUGAGAGCCCACACAGGAGAGAAGCCGUUCAGCUGCGAUGUUUGCGGGAAAACAUUCAUGUACAUCUCCGCCCUGAAAAGACACGCAGUCGUCCACAUGGGAGAGAAACCGUUCUGCUGCGACGUCUGUGGUGGAAGAUUCUCACAGCAGACCUAUCUGAGGAGCCACAUGAAAACCCACUCUACAGACGUCGAUAAAAACUAAUAAAACUUGCCCUUUUGCGUGUAUUUGUGUAAAGUUACACAUUGUUAAUCUAUGAGGCUGUUAAAUAAGUGCAGUGCUUCCGUGUUUUCUGAUGACUGACAUUAGAAUAAACGAGUUAGGAGGAACUCGAUUAA